UAUAAAAGCCAGUGCAACUGCAGGCUCCCUCAUCCACUUCUCUUGCCUUCUCCUCCGUGGUCCACAGCCAUGUCCUGCUACGAUCUGUGCCGUCCCUGUGGCCCAACCCCACUCGCCAACAGCUGCAACGAGCCCUGUGUCAGGCAGUGCCAGGACUCCCGGGUGGUGAUCCAGCCCUCUCCCGUGGUGGUGACCCUGCCAGGGCCCAUCCUCAGCUCCUUCCCCCAGAACACCGCCGUGGGAUCCACCACCUCUGCUGCUGUUGGCAGCAUCCUGAGUGAGGAUGGAGUGCCCAUCAACUCCGGGGGCUUUAACCUCUCUGGCCUUGGUGGCCGCUACUACGGCAGAAGGUGCCUGCCCUGCUAA